AUCCCACAACACUAGCGCCUCAUCACUCGCUACGCAUUUAACAAACAAAAAAUCUCGCAUCACGGCAAUUGCAUACGCUAGUUUUCAAGCGCCCCAGCCAAAAUGGCCAUUGUCGAGCAUGACAACGUCUUCAUAUUUGUGCCAAAUUUGAUUGGCUACACACGCAUCGUUUUGGCCCUGAUUGCAUUCUGGUUCAUGUCCACGAACUAUGUGAUCUCCGGCUGGUGUUAUAUAACCAGCGCCCUUCUGGAUGCCGUCGAUGGACACGCCGCCCGGGCCUUCAAUCAAAGCACACGCUUUGGGGCCAUGCUGGACCAGCUCACUGAUAGAUGCGGCACCACGGGCCUGCUGGUCACCCUGGCCUACUUUUAUCCUCGCUACAUGUUCUGGUUCCAGCUGUCCAUCGCCAUCGAUGUGGCCUGCCACUGGCUCUUCAUGCAAACGAGCGUUGUGGUUGGCCGAGCCUCUCACAAGGUCAACGAGAACUUUGUGAUGCGUCUGUAUUAUCAGAAGGACAUUUUGACCUUUAUGUGCUGCGUCAACGAGCUGUUCUAUGUUUGCCUGUACCUCUUGCAUUUCACCUACGGUCCCCUCAUAUUCGGCGCCUCGCUCUUCAAAAUACUGGCCUUCCUCACGGGCCCCUUUGCCGUGCUGAAGGCCUUGAUCUCCGUGAUGCACGCCUAUGUGGCUGGCAUUGAUUUGGCCGCAGUCGAUGUACGUGAGCGCCAGGAGAGGCGCCAGAAGCCCGACCCAGUGGCAGUGGCUGGCAAGAAGUUGGAGUAGGCGGCACUAGUCAAAAUCCAUUAAAUGCCAACAGCUCCAACAGCUCCAGCUUUCAACUUAAAGUACUAAAGCAAAACAACUCUUGAUUCCAGAAAGAAAACAAACAAAAAAAGCAAGAAAGAAGAUGAGAAGUGAAGUAAAGCGUAGAGAAAGAAGGAUAGAAAAAGAAAUAGAAAAAAAAAACAAAGAAAAAUAUAUUAGAUUAUUAAUUAUUUGUACGCGCUAUUGCAAUAUUGUUGAUUUUAUUUUGUAUUUUGAUUAGUUAUACGGCGGAGGGGCGUGCCCGCCACUGAUGUGUAUUUAAAUAUUCUAGAAUGGCAUGGAAAUUGAGUGAGGGAAGCGAUUCUCGUUCCAUGCGCGCGAGCAACAAUUCAAAAUAAUUGUUGUUGUAGUCGUAGCUGUUGCAUAUUUAUUUUUGCUUCUUUUAGUCAAUGAUAAUUUACAUCUUUUUUGUGAAGCUUAACUAAAAUAUACACAUAUUUUACGUAUCUGUAUGCUAGAUAUAUGAUUGAACGUCGUCUAUAUAUAUAUAUAUAGCGGAUACUUCCAGGAGUAGCUUCAAACUCGUAUAUUCGUACGUGUAGCCCAACAGAAUCUCAUUUUGUACAUUAUUAUUUUGUUUGUCAAUUAUAUUGGUUCCAGACAUUGCAGAUUACAGACACAAUCCAUGUUAAAUUCUCAAUGUAACUAAUGUAUUCCUAAUCAUAAGUCAAGAAUUGUAAUUGGAGACCUGCAUGAAAUAUAUAUAUAACCAUUAUCGUGACCA